CAGCAGGCUUUGUGUGUAUGUAUGUGUGUGUGUGCGAGUGUGUGUGUGCGUGCGGGAGUGUGUGUAUGUGUGCGAGUGUGUGAGUGAGUGUGUGGAUGCAUGCAUGUGUGUGUGUGUGUGUGUAUGUGCGUGCGAGUGAGUGCGCGGCUGAGGAGGGGAACGCGAGAAGGGCCAGGGCGCGCUCCAGCAGCCUCGCUCGCCUAGCCAGCACCAUGUCGGGCCGGUCGGUUCGAGCCGAGACCAGGAGCCGGGCCAAAGAUGAUAUCAAGAGGGUCAUGGCGGCCAUCGAGAAAGUGCGCAAAUGGGAGAAGAAGUGGGUGACUGUAGGCGACACGUCCCUACGAAUCUAUAAGUGGGUCCCCGUUACAGAGCCGAAGGUAGAUGACAAAAAUAAAAGCAAGAAGAAGGGUAAAGAUGAGAAAUGUGGGUCCGAGGUGACCACCCCGGAGAACAGUUCGUCCCCGGGGAUGAUGGACAUGCACGACGACAACAGCAACCAGAGCUCCAUAGCUGACGCAUCCCCGAUUAAGCAGGAGAACAGCAGCAACUCCAGCCCGGUGCCGGAGCCGAACUCGGCAGCACAAGGUGAUGGCCCAGAAGCCAAGUCCGACGAGGUCCACGCAGAGCCCAAGGAGCAGACCGGAUCAGAAGAUACUUCUGAUGAGCAGAAUUCACAGUCCUCAAUGGAAAAUUCAAUGAACAGUUCGGAGAAAGUCGAAAUGCAACCCUCUGGGGACAACGAUAUAACCACAGAAGCAUCAAAUAACUCUCAGGAUUCGGAAGGAGCACCACCUUCUAAAAAGAUGAAACUAGAGGCUUCCCACCAAAAUUCCGAUGAGAUUUAGACACGGAAGUAGAUUUUUCCGAUCCCAUUUUUACCGAAGGUAUACCAGUGGGGGCUUCACUCUAGAACACCCUGACCUACGCAGCUUCUCAUGGAUGAGAACAGAACUCCUAACUUUUUAAAAGUUUACUCAGCAAAAAAAAAAGAAAAAAAAAAGAAAAAAAUUCCAAGGAGACCUAGGAAGAUGUGACUUCUCUCAGACACUGAAAAAAAUACAAAAUGGAACACUGAUUUAUUUUAUUUUUAUUUUUUUUCCUGUGAAAGCAAACGUUCAGAAGUUCUAAGUUACUGUCUUUGGCAAGAUUGGAGUCACCAACUCAGGAGGGUCUAAUGCACUGUUUCUUUAAAAAAAAAAAAAAAAAAGGUCCCAGUUACAUUUGUGUUGCUGCUGUAUCUUUUCAUUUCUCUAUUUAACCAUGUAAGAUAUUUAAGGAUGGUACAGGUCAGUUACUUGCUUUUUUUCUUGAUCGUUCCAGCAAUUCCAUCUGCUUUGUUUUUGUGCCUUGUGUCCCUGAGAAUAGCUCUUGAGGUCUGAUUUUUUCCCCCCUUCUCCUCAAAAACUCCCGCUCCCAAUCCCACCCCUACCUCCCCACUUGCUUUUUGUGCCCUCUUGUUCCUAGGCUGCUGCCAACUCACUCGUGAUCCCUGCUCCAUCCUUACCUCGAGAGGGAGCAGAGAUUGGAGGAAAAGCAGAAACAUUAGCCAUUUUCCCCCUUGGAGAAGCGGAGGAACCUGAGGUUGUGUGCACAGAUUUGGGGUUUGAGCCAUCCAGCCCUGAGCUCCGGCCCGGGUUCUGGAGGCCGGUGGGGAUUUUCCCACCAGGUAGUAGGGCAGGGGUGGGGAGGAGGGGAGGUUCUCCCAAAGUAGCCUCCUCUCAUGUCCCCAGAGAAGGGGUCUCUGGCUGGGGAUGCUGCAACAGCUCCCCAAUUUGCUGCUCUUUUUAAAAUCUUUCUCUGGGAAGCAGAGCCCCCUUCUAGGGGACAUCACCCCACCCCUCUCCAUUUGGCCAUAGCUUUGGGACCAGGUUAAUGAUUGUGCAAACCCCCCCUCCUUGAGACUUGUCCCGGCGCUUCCACUCCUCAGUCACCCUGAAAUGCAUUUCUUAGCCCUCCAAAGUGGAAAAUGGCGUUUUUAGAAAUUGAUGUAUUCUCUUCAGGCUCUGUACUUCAGGCUGGGGAAGAGGGAGGAGGAUUGGGGGAGGCCAAGAGGAGCUGGUGCUGACCUCACUUUUCAUAGGAUGUUGCUUGGGUUUGCCCUCUGCCUCCUCCCAGCCGUCACCCUUCCAUCCUGCCAGAGCCAAACCCCUCCUUUUUUGUUUAUUCCUUCUGGCCCAGCAGAAAGGGCAUCCUUCAAACAGCUAAUGUCUCCGCUAGAAACUGGGCUGUGAGUGGAGGGAGAUAAUAACCUUUGUGCCCUAUUGGGAGAACAGCAUCAAUACUGUUUCCUUCGGUUCAACUGCAAGUGCCCCUUCUGGGUAUGGUUAGGAAAGCUGGCUCCCCUGGGGAGACAUUCCGGCUUCCUGGCUCCUGUGGAACAGAAGCCUGUGGUUCGGUCUCGGACUUUGGAAUCUCUCUUCUCAGCAUUCUCUUUUACAGCCUUUCCAGUUGUGGAUUCUCUCUGGAAGUCCAUCCCUUUUACUCCAGUGACACUUCCUCCAGGCGGCUGACCUGACCGCCAGAGUCUCCAGGCUUGAUUUUCUAUGACUUUCCAAGGGGGUCUGGCUUUUCUUUUUUAAAUAAGUCUAUUCCUGCACUUCGAGAAAAAAAAAAAAGUUUAAAAAAGGAAAAAAAAAAGUUCCUGCAUUUCAAAUACCUCAUGCAAAAUUUCUCCUUCAAUAAAGGGAAAACAACUCAAUCUUGAAUUUUGAGUUAGUGAUGCUCAAACGGUAGCUCUCUUUUUAAAACUUAAAUAACAAACAUCCUCGUAUCCAUGAAUUUUUCUCCCCUGGGCAGACAUUCGUGCUGUGAGAACUGUGCAUUGCAAUUUCUAAAAAACGAAGGAAAUAACCUCGAUUCUCCUUUCACUUGGUGAGGUAAAAGGCUUUAUCUGCAAACCCUACGAUGACCUUUGAUUCCGGCUCAUCUCUGUUUGGAUGAUAUGAAGGUGCAUUUGGAGCUUUCUUUCCUUUUCUUUUGGGAGACUAGAGGUUCCGAUACAGACAGCCAGAGGAAAAGUGGGUUUUUUGUUUUGUUUUUUGUUUGCUUGUUUUUUAAAGAAAGGGCGAAGUUCGUUGGGGUCGUUCGUAUCUCUUCAGCGCCAUCCCCUCUCGAGGACCCGAUGGAGCGAGAUGGAGCAGGGAUGAAACGCUGAGACCGUCGCUAGUCUUUCUCUGAAGUGCCUGAAAGCAGGAAUGGACCCGCUGCCACACUCGGGGAAAAGGGGGUCUUGUCGGAUCCCAGCGGUCAGGAGGGCGCUCCGAAAGACACGGGCAAACACGGGCUGGCCUGCCCUGGGCUUGACGGUGACCGAAAGUUUUUCUGCUGACCAUGUUUUAGAAAUAGUGCAAAAAUCCAGACGUGCUUCCUGGGCGGAGCUCACCGAGCCAUCCCGUCCCCGCCACCCGGCAUAAAGGGAUCUGCGGCUUGAGCAGCGGGCAGGGAGAGAGGCCCACGGGCCUUCCGCGCAGAUCGGCCCCUCCCGGGAUGAACCUGACCGUGUUCCCCGGGGGAGGGGCCCGUUUCGUGCUGGACGCCGCAGUGACACAUUCCAAAUAGUGCUGGCACUUCAUGAAACCAACCAUCAGUGACCCUCGCGGCAGUUAGGGUCUCCCUUCUGGGUGGUGACCUCCUUUCAUAAAAGUGUAAUGGUUUGGAAUGUCAGUUAUCUCCAAGGACCUGUUAGAAGGUGUAAAGAUUUUUUUUUUUCAAAUCGUUUUGGGUUUUGUUUUUUUGGGUUUUUUUGGUUCAUUUCCCCCCCACCUCCAACCCCUCAUGAUUUUUUUUCUGGUGUGUUGUAUAGAGGUAUGAUUUUUUUUCCCCACUUAUUUAUUCCAUCAGUAGAUAUGGUUUGUACAAUGUACAAUGACUCCCAUUUAAAAAAAUAAAAGAAAAAAAUUAAAACAUGAA